AUGGCUUCAACUGAUAACUUAAAUCAGUUAGAAUCAACUUUUAUGUAUACCCAGCUCUUCAAGGAAAUUCUUCUUGAUAUGGAACAUGAUGAACAGGCUAUCAAACACUUUAUUACUUACUGUCGAGAUCAUGACUGUGUAUCACCAAAAUAUAUUGACCGUUUUGAGAAAGAAUAUAGUUCUCAGUUAGCUAUUUGGUGGUAUACUUUCCCAUCCAAUACCUAUCGUAUGCUCAAUUCUGCUCUUCGCUCUAUGGAUGGCGGUACUAUUAUUAAUAUGGGUUUUUUCAUUCAUAAUCUUCACACACAAAUCGAACAACUACACCAACAACAGGUUCAUAGUUACCACGGCAAACCAUUCAUAGUUUACCGAGGACAAGGUUUGUCCAAAGCAAGUUUUGAAAAACUAAAAAAAACGCAAGCUGGUUUAAUAUCUUUUAAUAACUUUUUAUCCACUAGUACCGAGCAAGAUAUAGCUCUUGGACUUGCUUAUAUUGCAUCACAAAACGUAAACAUGGUUGGCAUUCUCUUCAUGAUGUCCAUUGAUCCUUCUUCAAAAUCAGCACCAUUUGCCUCCAUCAAAGAGAAGAGUUAUUUUAAGGAAGAAGAAGAAAUUCUCUUCUCAAUGCACACAGUCUUUCGCGUGAGUGCAAUUAAGCAGAUAGACAAUAAUAAUCAACUUUAUCAAGUUGAAUUACAAUUAACGUCGGAUGAUGAUCAACAAUUGCGAGUACUUACUGAUCGAAUACGAGAAGAAGCUGGCGGUAGUACUGGAUGGGAAAGAUUAGGUAAUUUAUUACUUAAAAUUGGUCAGUUUAAUAACGCUGAAGAACUUUAUAACGUAUUACUCGAACGGACAUCUAGUGACGGUGAAAAAGCGAUUUAUUACAACCAGCUUGGCGUUGUCCAUUCCAAUCAAGGUGAUUAUGAAAAGGCUAUUUGGUAUUAUGAAAAAGCACUUGAAAUUCUACGAAAAAUUCUUCCUUCAAAUCAUCCUGAUUUGAUUACUUCAUACAUCAACAUCGGUUUGGUGUAUGACAACAUGGGAGAGUACUCGAAAGCACUUUCAUACUACGAACAAGGACUUGAAAUAUGGAAAAGAACUCUUCCUUCAAAUCAUCCUUAUUUGGCUGCUUCAUACAGUAGCAUCGGUAGUGUGUACUACUACAUGGGAGAAUACUCGAAAGCACUUUCAUUUUACAAAAAA